AUGUUUUCAACAUCGAGCUACUCCAAAGUGACGGUUGCCUGUGUGGCCGUGAUGAUGAUGAUGAUGAUGAUGACAGAGGCUGCGGCUGUGACACAAGCAAAGGCACACAAGAAGUUGACUAAUGCAGCGGUGAUAAGAACGGUGCCAUUGCAGCUUGACCCCCACACUUUCUCUCAUAUCAGGGGCAUCAGGCCGCUGCACAACGCCUCAAUCUCCCCAUGGACGUACAAUGAUUCUCGUGAUGACUCUCUGUACCCCCCGGUGCUCCGUGAGGCUCACUGUUUGCUGCAAGGCUGUUUGAACUCUGCGGGCCAGGAGGACAUGAACCUGCGGUCCAGACCCAUAAUGCACCAGGUGCUGGUGCUGCGCCGGGUCAGGUCAUCGGAGGAUGAGUCAGGAUCAGACAGCAGCUACAGCUUCCGCCUGGAGUCACGCCAAAUCGCUGUGGGCUGCACCUGUGUCCGACCGAACUAUAAACACGAACAACAGUGA